GUACUAGUCAUCCAAAUUUGGGUUCGAGCCUGGGAAGUAGUCCCUAGUGCUUGCAUUAGGGUAGAUUAUCUAUUUCACACCCCCUUGGGUAUAAUCCUUCUUCAAACCCUCCUAACGCAGUAUGUAUUGUUCUCCGAACUACCCAUUUUUUAUAAAAAUCAUCCAAAAUAAAAGAAGUCAUACAAGAAUAACUUUUUUUAAUAUUUUUUGUUACAUAGUCAAAAUUAUCCUACUUGAAGUUUAUCUAACAAAAGCCACUUUUUCAGACAAUACACUCGGUUUGUUGUUGUUGUUGAUUGAAUUGUGAAUGUCAGCAUCAAUGGCAAAAUAGAUUAGCUAUCAAUUAUUAUGCACACAUGAAACAAGAGACAAUGACAUAGCUGGCUGGCUUAUCACAUUAAUUGUCAAGUUGCAUAUAGUCAGAAUUUCUUGAUUACUUUAAUUGCUCAAAGUGCCGUAAUGGCCUGCUACACGUAAAGAUAUAAUUAAUUUAGUGCAUAUUAGUUUAAUGCAAAUAAGCCCUUACAUCAUAAUCUUAACAAAUGCCAACACUACAUAUAAAUAGAUAAAAGCACCUUCCUGAAUCAUCUAACACAACUACUUCCAGUUCAGUUCAUACUAAAAAUGAUUUCAGAGUCAGGAUUAGAAGAGCUAAACUUUGUAUUGAUACCUUUACUUGCUGCAAGUCACAUCAUACCCAUGGUGGACAUGGCCAAAUUGUUGGCACAGAGAGGCGUGACAGUCACUUUAGUCAUGACGCCCCUCAACGCUAUACGAUUCACUGCAGGGAUUGAUCGGGCCAUAGGUCCUGGAUUCCUCAUGCGGGUACUAGAACUCCAGUUUCCAGCCAAGGAAGCGGGACUGCCAGAGGGAUGUGAAAGCGCAGAUGUUCUUCCCGCUCUGGCCUUUCGAAGGAAUUUCUUUGCUGCAAUUGAUAUGCUACAAGACGAAGCUGAAAAUUUGCUUCAAGAGAUGAAGCCUAAGCCAAGUUGCAUUAUCUGCGAUAAGCAUAUCGCUUGGACAGCUGAGACAGCUGAUAAGUUUCAGAUUCCAAGAAUCAUUUUUGAUGGAAUGAGUUGCUUCACUCAAUUAUGCAUGCAUAAUUUGCAUAUCAUGAAGGAUCAAAACGAAAUUCCUGAAUCAGGACCUUUCGUCAUCCCUGAUUUGCCAGAUAGAAUUGAAGUAACCAAAGCUCAGCUGCCUGGAGCGUUCAAUCCAGGAACGCUUUGCAUACAAGAUAUUCGAGACAAAAUACGAGCAGCUGAAACAAGAGCCUAUGGAGUUGUAAUCAAUACUUUCGAGGAGUUGGAACCGAGGUACGUUGAUGAAUUCAGAAAACUUAAAGA